AAAUAUCUUUUAAGUCAAAUGAUUUGAAGUUAAUCAUAUAAUUGGACAAAUGUGUUGAAACAAUUAUUAUAAAACGCUAUAAUAUUUAUAUGUUUUCGGUAUGGGAGAAUGAAGAGCUAAAAAGUUUAUUGCUCAAUUACCAAAUUAGUAAUAAAGUUCAAAUUAAGCAGACGUGUUUUGACAAGAAGAGCUGAGUCCGGCGGUGAUGGCUGAUGAUCCGGCGGCCAGUUGGGAGGCUGUUCAAACGACCAAAAGAGAUUUCUCAUCUUCCAAUUCCACUCGCUCAACAUCAAAACUUGUCCUGAUCACGAUCACUCCAUCGCUCUUCACGUGUAAUGCGUUGAUAUUGGAGUACUCGAAAAGCUCCAGUGAGAUUGAGUCCCUGAAGUCGUUUAUCGGCCUUUGGAGAACCGGAAUAAAACCUGAUAAGUUUGUUUUCCCCUCCGUGCUAAAAUCUGAUGGGUGCUGUUCCAUUGUUGGAGCUGGCGGAUCAGUUCGUUCAAUGUCGAUAAAGAAGGGGUUUUCUUUUGAUGUCCAUGUGAAUAACGCCCUCCUGAAAAUGUACGCUGCAUGUGGUGUGAUAGCGUUUGCAAGGAAGGUGUUCGAAGAAAUGUCUGAAAGGGACAUGGUUUCUUAGAGCUUUAUGAUUUCUAGCUAUGUUGAUGGAUGCUAUUGGAGUGUUCAAGAAGAUGAAGCUUGCAAAUGAGAAGGAAACUUCAAUCACUUUGGUGAGCUUGCUAUCUGCGUGUACCAGUCUACUGAAUGCCAGACUAGGCCAGUCCAUCCAUUCGCAGAUCCUGACCCAUGGUAUUGAAUUGCAUGUUGGCCUCGGAACAGCUCUCCUUCAGAUGUACGCAAAGUGCGCCCACGUGGAAAAAGCCUUCCACAUCUUCAAUAUAAUGAGCGCCAAGAAUCUGCGGUCCUGGACUAUAACUAUAUCUGCACUUGCAGAUAAUGGCCAUGGAGAAGAAGCCGUAUCCUUAUUUUCCAGAAUGGAAAAAUCCGGACUGAGGCCCGACUGCUUGUCAUUCUCUGCCAUUUUGUCUGCUUGCGGUCACUUGGGUCUUGUCGAUAAAGGGCGUGACCUGUUCAGGAGAAUGGCGAGUGUUUGUGAUAUCAGACCAAGCAUGGAACAUUAUGGAUGUAUGGUGGACUUGCUUGGACGUGCAGGUAAGAUAGAGGAAGCUUACCAGGUCAUCAUGCACAUGCCGAUGGAACCGAAUUCUGUAAUACUAAGAAGCUUUAUUAGGCCUGCAAACAGCAUGAACGCAUUGUUCCUCAUAUCAAUGAGAACCUUAAGGAAAUGUUGCAUAGAAUAGAGCCUGAUAUUUCAGCCAACUAUGUCCUUGCUGCCAAUAUGUCUUCCAACCAGGGUAAUUGGGAUGAUGCCGAUGGACUGCAAACUUGUAUAAAAGAAAAGGGCUUUAAGAAAGUUCUUGGUUGCAGUUGGGUGCAGCGGCUGAUCUAGAUCUUUUCUUAAGUGUGGGCCGAAAAGUAAAAGAACAUUUCUCUGUCCUUAAAUCGUUGUCAUUUACGAUUGAUUUAGGACUGAGAUGAAGUCAAGUUGUUCGUGAUAAUAUCUGAAAACCCGAAUUCAAAUAUCAUAAGAAAUUGAUACUCCGUAGUUAGAAUCAAAUUACAAAAACGAAAUGAGUAGCAUUUGUCUAUCCUUCACCAAUCAAA